AUGAGGAGAGAAAACCAGAGCGGUGUGUCUGAAUUCCCCCUCCUGGGGCUCCCCAUGUGGCCAGAACAGCAGAGCAUGUUCUUUGGCCUAAUCCUGGGCGUGAUUAUGGGGAACCUGCUCAUCAUCCUGCUCAUCAGGCUUGACUCUCACUUCCACACCCCCGUGUACUUCUUCAUCAGUCACCUGGCCAUCAUAGACGUCUCCCUUUUAUCUAUCAUGGUUCCAAAGAUGCUGAUGAACAUGAAGACUCAGGAUAAAUCUGCCCCCUAUGCAGGGUGCAUUUCCCAGAUGUAUUUUUUUUUCUCAAUUUUUGGUGAUAUUGACAAUUUCCUUCUCACAAUGAUGGCUUAUGACAGGGAUGUGGCCAUUUGUCAGACUCUCUGCUACAGGACAAAUCAUGAGAUUUUUAAUGAAACUGUAUUGUUUUUGUGCUCCUGGUCACUGCCUGCAUUUGGGCUUAUAGACUGUGAGUUGUCUGUGUACAAAGUCAUCAUCAUUAUCAUCACCCUUAUCAUCAGCCUCAAGACCACACUGGAAAGGUUUGGACCUCUCAGAACUAUCAGGGGCAGUGUGUGUGUUUUGGCAUUUGGAAACCAGGUGUAA